CGUGCAACCGAAGCAACGACACACAUCCGAGUCUAGGAGAAGAAGAGAAGUGAGCGAGGGAAGGGAACAUAAACAUGAAGUGGAACACAGCCAUUCAUUCUACUGUUUUAGACUGUAAGACAUGAAGUUUCCGCCAAUAGAGGGCGCUCGUGAAACCGAAGCAAUGACAAACAUCCGAGUCUAGGAGAAGAAGAGAAGUGAGCGAGGGAAGGGAACAUAAACAUGUGAAGUGGAACACAGCCGUUCAUUCUGCGCCAAAUCUGCUGUUUUAGACUGAGAAGAAGAAGCAAGCAGGAGGAAUUACUCCAGGAGAAACUACUGACAUACUAUUGUAAAGAUGGAGAUUAAAGAAGAACCCUGCAGAAUAAAAGAUGAAGAUACAGAGGAACAAAUAGACCUGAUGGAAGUGAAUGGAGACAAAAUACAUCCGUUUCAAAUCCAGAUGGAAAAUAAAGAUGAAAACACAGCUGUUUCACAAACUGAAAGAAAUUUAACCAAAAAACAAGCUGGAAAAACUGGAGUCAAAAGAUCUUUUACCUGCUCUGAGUGUGGAAAGAGUUUCAAUAAUAAAUCACACUGUAACGUACACAUGAGAAUUCACACUGGAGAAAAACCGUUCACAUGCACUCAGUGUGGAAAGAGUUUCACAUGUAAAAAAACAAAAGUGAGAAUUCACACUGGAGAAAAAAUGUUCACAUGCACUGAGUGUGGAAGGAGUUUUAGUCAGAAAAACGUUCUCAACAAUCAUCUACGCUCUCACUCUGGAGUGAGCUCAUUCUGCUGUGAUCAGUGUGAUAAAUCAUUUGUUUUAGAAAAAAACUUAAGAGCACACCUUAUAGUUCAUACUGGUGUGAAGCCUCACAUUUGUUCUUUUUGUGGAAAGAGUUUUACACUACUGGAACAAUUAAGAGUGCACGAGCGUAUUCAUACUGGUGUGAGACCUUAUGUGUGCUCUGACUGUGGAAAGAGCUUCACUACAUCCACUGAAUUAAAAAAACACCAUAGAGUUCAUACAGGAGAGAAACCGUACAAGUGCUCACACUGUGGAAAGAGUUUCACCCGAUUAUCUAAUCUGUUGGCUCAUAAGAAAAAGCAUUGCCCAAAUGUGACUAAGUCAUCAAAGUUCAUGUUCUGAUAACUUUCAGUUAAAUAGGGUUUUUUUGUUUGUUUUUUAGGGUUCCUAUGCUAUAUGGACAAUAUGGAAUUUGAUUUUAUUGUAUAUGAAAAAUAUUUCACUAUUCUGUUUUCCUCUAUUCCUACUUUAAAUUCCUAAAUAAAUUUGUC